CUCUCCGUGCUCUACGAUGAACGGACGUGUAGGCCACGGCUGGCCCGACGAAACACCUAUCUAAACUCGACUCACCUGGGUUGGUUGAUCCGAGAAUGUUACUCACCGUUGAUGGGGAAUUGCCUGGUUCCUGAAGCUCCUUCGAUAAACGAACCAUGUGUAACUUGAUGGCUACUUAUCUGCGCUACUUAUACCCGAACGGACCUCGUCCCUCUUUCUUCCUCGGUCACUCAUGGCACCAGUUGUCGACAACGAAAAAGGCUACGCAGGGAGCAGCGACGAAGGACAUGAAGCUCCAAAGGUCUACCAGCAGCUAACGGGCCUCAAGGGACUCUACUAUAACCCCAUCACCCAGGUCGCGAUGCUGGGAUUUGUUUGCUUCAUGGGACCAGGAUUGUUCAACGCUCUAAACGGACUGGGUGCUGGUGGUCAAGUCGAUUCCAAGACCAAUUCUAAUGCAAAUACUGCUCUGUAUUCAACUUUUGCUGCCAUGGGAUUCUUCGCUGGAUCAGUCAAUAACAUGCUCGGACCAAGACUCACACUUCUGAUUGGCAGCAUGGGUUACAGCCUGUACAUCGGGUCUUAUCUAGCCAUAAACAUUCACUCCAACGCUGGUGGUUUUGUCGUUGCCGCAGGUGCUAUCCUUGGGAUGUGUGCAGGUCUUUUAUGGACCGCACAGGGCUCACUGAUGAUGGCAUACCCUACCGAAACGCAAAAAGGAAGAUUCAUCGGGAUUUUCUGGUCUAUUUUCAACCUCGGUGGUGUCGUUGGAGCGUCUGUUGCUGCUGGGAGAAACUGGAAAUCAACAGCUAAUGCUGUUGAUAAUGGAACCUACAUUGGAUUUCUUGUCCUUACACUCAUCGGUGUUACGAUUCCGAUGCUAAUGGCGAACCCAGACAAGAUGAUUCGUUCUGAUGGAACAAAGGUUACGACGCCCCGACAUCCCUCUUGGAAAACCGAAAUUAUGGGUCUAUUCGUGACGCUGAAGACUGAUCCAAUGAUCGUCCUUCUCUUCCCUAUGUUCUUUGCUUCCAAUUGGUUCUACACGUGGCAAUUCAGCGGCUUCAACGGUGCCAUCUUCAACAUCCGUGCUCGAGGCCUGAACAAUGUCUGCUACUGGAUCUCCCAAAUCAUCGGGUCUGUCCUCAUCGGUCUUCUCCUCGACAGAAAAUCCAUCAGUCGUCGCAUCCGAGCCUACACAGGCUGGACCGUCCUCUUCCUAAUGGUGUUCGUCGUCCACAUCUGGGGAUACUUCUACCAAAAGCAGUACACACGCGAGAGCGUCGCACCAGAGACGGAGAAAAUGGAUAUUUACGACUACGGAUACGCUGGGAGGGUGUGGUUCUACAUCUUCUGUGGGAUACUGGAUGCGAUGUGGCAGACGACGGCGUACUGGCUUAUGGGAGCGAUGUCGAAUGAUCCGUCGAAGUUGGCAUUUUUUGCUGGGUUCUACAAGUCGAUCCAGUCGGCUGGUGCUGCUGGGAUAUGGCGUGCUGACGCUGUCAAGAUUCCGUACAUGAAUAUGUUCAUUUCGGAAUGGGCUCUCCUUGUUGGAGGUCUUGUGUUUGCGUUGCCUAUGGUUAUCAUACGUAUCAAGAAUCAUACCGAUCUAGACGACGAGACCAUCACCCGGAUGGAUGAUAAAGGACAUAUACGUCCAACUGAGGAUGUCGCUGCGGAGAUAAAAGUUACCCAGGGGUCUUCAUGAUUUUUAUGUUGGUGAUCAAGGACACUUCAUGACUGAUGACUUUAUUCUAGUAUACUUGUAAAUAAACACGUUUUCCAUCUUCGUACUUGCCAUCGUGACAUGUGCUGAGUGAAAGGUUCGGCCAUGUCUCGAGAAUUCACCUGGUGGAUAUAGUUUGAGUUCUGUCGCCAACGGAAUAGACAACAGCAGGUGGCAGAAGUCCCGUGCUCCCGAUUAGGCAGCUCAUUGGUUGAAUUCAAUUGGCGCGCUUCUUCAGUACUUCAGCUUGUUCACGCUUCGGUCACUAGCCUGGGACUUGUAAUUUCUUUCGGCUCGUUUUUACGCUCCACCUACUGGGCUUUCCAGGAAGUAGCCAAGACGCUAUGCGGAUACUUAUCGUCAGAACAUGUCACGACCAAAGUACAGAACUGGGAUCUUGUCUUGAGC